AUAUAAUAAAAAGCCCUAAUCGAGAACGACGAGAUAACCCCCACCUUCCCCCCUUUCUCCCUCUCGCGUUUUAGGGCGGAAGGAAAGAAAAGCUAAGAAAGUCCGUGAGGUCCCGCCAUCGCCGCCAUGUCUCAGGGAGUAGAGAAUUCCUUUCUGCUACAUCCUUGGUAGCGGGGUCGUGACAUCUACGACCGAGAAGGAAACCAAGCGUUCCGUGGUUCAAAAAUGCCGAAUCUCGUCUCAAUCAUCGGGACUUUUCAGACAACUUAUCGAUGCUGUCAAGAUGUAGGAACCUCAAUCGAGAACGACAUGAAGAGCAACACGUAACUUAGCUUGUCUGGUUGCUAAUUACUUUUGCCAUUCUUUAUAGGUGGAUAAUCGGAAUUCUUCAGCUGGCAAGCGUGCUCGCACUGAUGGUGGUCGGCGAGAAGAUGACUGGACAUGUCCUAGCUGUGGCAAUGUCAAUUUCUCAUUCAGGACAACAUGCAACAUGCGGAACUGUACUCAGUCAAGGCCUGCAGAUCAUAACACGAAGUCCACGCCUAAGGCUUUGCAGGCUCCUCCACCUUACACAUCAUCAGCUGGUUAUAUGGGUUCAGCUAAUCCAUCUUCAAUGUAUCUUGGUGCUCCUCCAUAUGGGUCUUCUCUUUUUAAUGGGCCACAAUUGCCUCCCUAUGAUCUACCUUUCUCUGGAGGUUCUGCUUAUCAUUAUGAGUAUGGCAACCGCCUGUCUGUUGGCAGCCCAUAUGGGCCAAUGCAUAUGUCUGGACCCCCUCCUUAUUCCAGUGGACCUAUGAUGGGAACAGGUGGUAUGUAUGGUAUGCCGCCUCUGGUGGACAGAUAUGGCUUGGGUUUGCCGCCGAUGGGUCAUGGUACGAUGGGGGCAAGGCCUGGAACAUAUCCUGAUGAGAGUUCUCAAAAGAAGGCUGCAGGUGCUGGACGCGAUAGUGACUGGACAUGCCCUAACUGUGGCAACAUUAACUUCUCUUUCCGAACUGUCUGUAACAUGAGGAAGUGCUUUACCCCAAGGCCUGGGACCCAGGGUUCAAAGUCUGAGAAUUCCAAAGGCUCCAAACCGAAAAUGCCAGAGGGCAGCUGGAAGUGUGAAAAAUGCAACAACAUAAACUACCCGUUCCGGACCAAGUGUAACAGACAGAAUUGUGGUGCAGAAAAACCGCCUCAGCCAAACAAAACUCAAGGGCUGACAUCUGAUGAGGAUGACCAGAUCACUGUCACUGGCUACUCGGAAUUGCUGACAGAACUUGGGGAUUUUGAUGUGACAGCAAGCUUCUGUAUUGCUGGAAAUAAUGGUUCUGGUGCUUGACAUGAAGUUAGUUGAAGUAUAGAUUGGAUGGAUCAUUUAAAAAUGGUUGGUUAAGUAGUGCUAUAAAUGAUGACAAAUUUAGGCUUGCUAGGCGAUGCUUCAGGUAACGACUCCUGGAAUGUGUUUGCCUUGUCACAAGUGGCGAAUGCAACCCCGCGCGGACACUGAUUGCAGGGGGCAUGCACGUGAUGCGCACCCUCACAGUAUAUCAUGUGCUAUAAAUAAUGAUGACAAGUGUAGGGUGGAUCUAGGCAAUUCUCUAGGUAUUCACACUUUGAAUGGGUUUACCUUACCAUCUGUGGCAGGGUGCAACCUCUCAUGUGGUGAGCUAGGUAUUCAUUCUUCACACGUUGAAUGGGUUUACCUACCAUCGGUGGCAUGCAUGUGAUGUGCGUUCUCCCCAUUUUAGCGUGCGAGUGCCUUGCUGUCACCACCCGUGCUGUGGUUGCGCUCGCCGAGUCAAACUACGCAUAACUCUGCUCUCUUAUGGAAAGGUUUUGAGGUUCGAGACUUGGGUGAUAUUUUCCCAAGGACUUGGACCUGGCUGGUUAAUCUCGUGUGGUGCAGGAUAGGUUGUCGGAGGUGGCAUGAGGCAACUGUGUUGUUACUCGGGUUUUAAGAAUUUUAGACGGCCUGUAAAAAAAAAUAAUAGAUGGAUGAACGGAUAACUUCACAAGAAGAGGGUGAAUCUUUUUAUGUAACACAGGCAAUGAUGAUGAUGAUAUGGGGAAGGCUUUUUUUGUAGCAUUUGAUCAGUUGGUUGCAUAUGAUUGUGGAGGGGAAGGGAUCGAUUGGGAUUCAAACCCCCCUCCCUAUCUUUUCUUUUCUCACAGAGGUAGUAAAUGUCCCAACAUUUAUGGUUCUAUGAGUCGACUUGAGGCUGAUCCGGCACCCUAAAUCUUACGUUGGUCUUUAUGUGCAAGCUGCAUUACUUCCAUGGAGGGUUAAAUUCCGUGAGUAUGAUUAUCAUGCAGCACAUUCAGGUGACAUUCCAUGAUUGGCAUCUAUAGAUGAUCUUAGCCUCAGCAAACAAAGUUUGGCCAAGGCAAAUUUGAGCAAGAGAGUGCCUGACAUAGACAUAUUCAUUCAGAUGCAUUAGUGGCAACUGGCAAAGCUUCAAAAUUGUUAUGGACAUGGCAUUAAGCCCAGGAAUAUAUACGAUCUUGAUUGUCAAGGAGGCUUAUGGUUGGUUGUGGGGCCAGAGUGGUGUUAAAAAUUUAUUGAUCUUUCUCAAAUAUACUGCAGAAAGCUUAGAAUUGAAUGCACCUCUGAAAUCUAGUCUGAAAAGGGAAUGCAAGCAACUAGUUAAGAUGAAUGCUAUCUUCUUUGUUAACUUCAUAGUUCGAACGAAAGGGAACAAAGCAUUCAGCAGGAAGAUUUUGCAUUGAUGAAGUAAAAAUAAGUUUGUUUUGUUAGAUGAUGAGGGACAUGUCAGAGUUCCUGUGGACAAACUAAGGAAUGCUAUGAAUGGUGUGGACCAUCCGCAACUACAUACUGAAUUCCCGUUGAUUUUUUUUUUUUGGUCUUAUUUCUCAUUUUACAAUAGUAAUGAUACUUUUUUUUUAACCAAAUAAAAAAAAAAUCCUUUGUUCUCCCUCUUGAUAUGUACGAAGUUAUCCCCUUUAUCAUUACUGUGAAAUUAAGGAUAGGAUACUGUUGAGAUGUCUCGCAUCAAAUACUGUUAUUAACUAUACAAGAUAUGCAUGUCGUAGUCUAAUUUCUAGCAUAAGAUGGUUGACCUCAUCAAAUGUAGUCCAGGGUGUUUUUUUUUUCUUCCAAUUUUUGAACUGCAUUGUUGCAUAUUAAUCAUUUUAGUUAUAAACAUUAUCUAUGUUUAUAAAAAAUUAAGGAUUGGAUCAGUACAUCUUGAUGCAAAUGGUUCUGGAUGAUGUGAUGUCUGCUUGGAAAAUGGUGAAAACAUGGGCUUAUUUGCUAAAUCAUAUAUUUUCUUAACCCUUAACAAACAAAAUGAUGUUGUUUCUUGUGAUCAUUCUUAUUUGCUAAAUCAUAUAUUUUCUUAACCCUUAACAAAAAAAAUGAUGUUGUUUCUUUUGAUCAUCAGUACGUAGUUUUAAUGAGUAUGCAAAUCUCUAGAGUUUGCUCUUCUUCGACCAUUGAUAUGUGCAUUUACUGGUUUGGAACAUGUGGAAUAUUGCACCUUGUCAUGAGCAUCUGCUGCCAAGACAUGAAAUUGAUUGUGUAGGGGAGGAGGGCACAACAAACUUUUAGGUAUUUGAGACAAUUUAUCGGAUAAGAUGGGAUAUGCUUUCAAAAUUUGUUACGAUGGGCAACAGCAUUGUGCAGCAGGAAUGUGCCAGCCUUGAUGACAGAAAAACAGAUGAUUUAUGCAAAUCUGUAUUCUUUGUUACACGGACAUGGAUUUCGGGUCCAAGGAUCAAAGUUUCGUCUUUUUUGAGGUUGGGGUGUUUGGUUUUGGUAGGGCAUGAUGUUAUUGUUUCGGAGGCCUUAAAAUCACCGCCAGUAAGUUAUCUCAAGUGUUCUAAAGAGGGAAAAAAAAGGGUGGAAAAAAAUUGAUGGUUCUGUGGGCGUUGUAAUUAUCAACAUGGUGCUGGAUAGGUGUGGUACGCAGGUUGAGGGUGAGCGUAAUGUAAUAUUUUAAGUUAUACAAAUGUCUUCAACCUCCGUCGAUUGUGCUAUUUGGUAGAUUAUUGCAUGCUACAUGUUGUUCACAUUCACGGCCAUUAUCAUUAUCAGGAUGCAUCAUUGAUACAGGUCCGAGUCGGAGUGGGACUUGGAGCGAACUAGCCACGGAUGGCAGCAGCGAUUCUUGUCAAAUUCAAGCUAGUCUAUCCGGUCUUCAGAUUGGGAUCAUGUGGAAAGUUGCUAUUGACACGAUGCCUGGGUGGUUUUAUUCUUGGCCGCUUAGAUGAGAGGGUGGGGGUUUGAUUUCGAUUGGAGUUAGACUUAGGAGUGACGUGGAUGUAGGAGAAGAUGUGAGAAUUAAUGAAAAAAUUACAUAUUUAUUCUAUUAAAGUAUUAUUGACUUAGGAGUGACGUGGAUGUAGGAGAAGAUGUGAGAAUUAAUGAAGAAAAUAUAUAUUUAUUCUAUUAAAGUAUUAUUGCACGAGUUAUGGUGGUCCUAAUUUUGCCUCCACAUCGAAGUCAGUCAUUUUUCCCUACGUAUUGAAGUUAAUUUUCAGAUUAAUGCUACUUGAUGGGAUGGUCGGGGAAUGGUGUGGCUGCCGCCAAAAAGAUGAUGGGGAUGGAGAUCUGACUGUUGACGGUGGAUUUGCUUGGAGAGGAAAUCUGAUUUGCGACCAAAGAAAAGAUCAAAGGUCGUUGGAACUGAUCUGGUGGGAGAUCCUUCAAUGUGCAAGUUAGAUAGAGCUUGGGCAGAACGUAAGAAUAGAGGAAAGAAGAUUUGAAGAGCAGAAUGGGAAUAUGAGCUGGCCUAGGUGUUUUGAUGCAUACCUAGGGCCCUUGGUCUUGUUUCUGUUGAGGUGAGGGUGUAGAUCGGUUACAAUCGGGUUUUAUGAUCGAUGGACGGGCCGUAAUCAUCCUAGAUCCCCUUAAUUGUGCAGAGCGGUAACUGAUUCUGAUUAUCACUCGAAUCCGUGCUACAUGAGGUGCGGUGCAAGGUGGGUCUAGGGUGGUGGUGUUUGCUUUCUGACUUUUGCAUCAAAUUGGUGAAAUGAGUAGUCAUUUGGUUGGUGUUCUUGAACUUUUCCCUCGAUUAUGAUCUUGAUUAUUUCAAACUAUAGACUUUCAUGUGUGUAAAUUAUCAUGGUUUUUGUUUUUUUGAUGCAAAAUCUUCGUGGAGAGACCACCAAAGCGGGGCAGAGUUUGCGAAGCUGUAACAUGGGCCAACCACAUAGAUCCAGUGAAAAAUAUUCAAAAUGAUAUGAUUAAAAAAAAAAAAAAACUGAUUCUACCAAAUUAAUUGGUU